CCGAAAAUGGCCACCGUGACAUCUACCCAAACACAACAUCUCCCUAUCUCCGUAAAGGCCAAUUCUCAGUCCAUGGAGGAAAAGCCCAAAGUUCGGAGAGCAAUUGACGAAGAGGGUGAUACGGUCGCUGCGAGUCACCCUCAUUAUUUGCCAGUCUGGGACCAUGGCGAGAAAUACGCACCCCUCCAGCCAUUCGAGCAUAUCGAGCGCGGCAAAGGUGCAGAUCCAAGCUUCAAGGACCUUCUGACUGAAGGCUCUAAGCUCCAACACCUCACACCCACCACAGGGUCAGAAGUCACUGGGGUCCAACUUAGCAAACUCAGCGACGCUGGUAAAGACCAGCUCGCCUUGCUUGUUGCCCAGCGAAAGGUUGUCGCAUUCCGCAACCAGGACUUUGAAAACCUACCCAUCCAGGAGGCCCUCGACUUUGGAGGUUAUUUCGGCCGCCGCCACAUCCAUCCAACCACCGGAUCCCCCGAGGGCUACCCUGAGCUCCAUAUAGUGCAUCGAAAUGGCAAUGUAAGCGAAUUUGACAGCUUUAGGGGCAAUCGGAAUAGCAGUGUCGGAUGGCACUCCGACGUCUCAAACGAAAAGCAACCACCAGGCACCACAUUUUUGUACGCCUUGGAUGUUCCGGAAGUUGGUGGUGACACUGGAUUUGUCAACCAGGUCGAGGCCUACAAUCGAUUGUCACCCCUCCUGAAGGAGCGUUUGCAUGGACUCAAGGCUAUUCACUCUGGACUUCAACAAGCCGAGUCUAGCAAGAAACGUGAUGGAAUAGUAAGACGAGAACCUGUUGCUUCGGAGCAUCCUAUCGUGCGCACUCACCCGGCAACUGGCGAGAAAGCCUUGUUUGUGAAUGAGGGGUUCACCAAAAGCAUCGUCGGGUUUAAGAAUGAAGAGAGCGAGAUGCUCUUGAAAUUUUUGUACGAUCAUAUUGGCCGUGGUAUUGACUAUCAGGCUCGCGUUAGAUGGGCUCCCGGGACUGUGGUUAUUUGGGAUAACCGCGUAACUUCGCACUCUGUUAUCGUCGAUUGGACUACAGGCGAGCGACGACAUUUGGCUCGCAUUACCCCCCAGGCAGAGGCCCCAUUUGAAACUCCUUAUAUUCCUGAGUGAUACGGUUAUGGCAGAUGCAUCAAUAAACAUACCUCUGUGGGGGAAGAAAUUGAUGGCCCAUAAAACGUUUUCUUCCCGUAAAAUCAUAACCAUCAAAAAGGAUAAUUUAAUUUAGACUCCUAUAGCAGGUAGAUGUAGCUCUGAAAAUAUAAUUUGACCUUUAAAUUCGCCUUUUAAUGUAAGGGUGCGUCGUUGCAGCUCGAUUCAAAACAUAGUUUUCUGCGUGGUAUGGGCCAUCAAUUUCUUCCCCUUCGGAGGACGCCAUACUGCCUUGAUGCUUCAGGGAUCUAUCACCGGGGUGCGAAA